AUGCUAUCUUUUAUUUUCAGCGUUGUACCGUUUAUCUCUUCCUUCACGUUAAUUUUCACCUUAUGCUUCACGUUCACCUACAAUCAUAACCUUAUCCCAUCUUAUUUAAAUCCUUCGAAAAUCCCAAAGAGUCAGAUCAAUGCCCAUAUCCAGAAGUUGAAAGGCUCUUACCGCCUAGGAUCCGUCGUUCCAUUUGACAUUGAAGGUGAAUUGGAUGAGGAUGAUGAUAAGGCGGAGAGGUUUCAUCCCACGCGAUCUAAGGGAGGACCCUUAAUUUCAGAUAAAAUUAUUAGAACAAUCUUCAGUUUUGGUUUAACUCUAAGCUUCCAUCUUGUUGUUCUCAUUCUCUUGGAACUUGUUGGCGAGUCCGAUGAGUCCAAGACUAGAGUGUUUUUGUUUCAAUUGGUGAUUGAUCUGCUCAUUUUAUUGCUCACCUUUGUACAACCGUAUCUAAUUAUUGGUCUGGUAUUGUUCCAACAACUUAUACCCACAUCGAGCACGCCGAACUUGCGCAAAACACUCGCGGUAGUAUUGAUGCUACUCUGGUUUUUCGCUCUUCAUAAAUUUGGCACUCUUUCACAAUCCUUUUCUCCAGAACUUAACCUUUCAUCUUCCCGUUCAUUGAUUGAACGGAAAAUUAAUGAAGUUUCUAUUGCCGGAAUUACGAUUAUGGCUAUUCUUUCUGGAAUUGGGUCUGCUUCCACACCCUACGAACUCUUUUCACUUCGGAAGGUGUUAUCAAUUAUCUUUAAAUCAAGAGUUGCUACCCCAACAAACAGAAAGACUGUCACGGAAAUGGACUUGAAUAAUCUUGCGCAAUCAUAUAAUCAUACAAAUUUACUCAUAAAUAAAAGAAAGCUGCAACUCAAUUCUCUUUUGGUUAAAGAGGGUGGCACCAUUUAUAAUCUUAAAGGCUAUACUUCAUCAGACAAUAUCCUUCAUAAUACCAAUACCAAUUCACUAAACCCCCCACUUCAACAUCCAGCAUCUUCCUCAACUGCCUCUCUUGGAGGUUUCAUGCACAAGGUACAAUCAUUUGCCAGUCUUUCAAGCUUGGGAAUGGGAGGCAAAGAAAAUCUGGAGGAAAAGGAGUUAACGGACGAAAUAAAAUCUCUUAAAGAAUUGAAUAAUCACAUAUAUGAUGAUUUCUUGAAGAUGUUGGAUAAAUAUAGAAUCCAGCAGGAUGCUUCCCUGGAUAGGAAAUUGGUGAAUUUACUUUUAAAAUGGUUCAAUUUGGGGUUUGGUCUUUAUUGUGUGUAUCGUAUUUUUAACGUGUUGGUGCUUAAGUUUUUCUUUUAUCUUUUCACAUCAUCUCAAGAUAUAUCUGACAACGAAUCAGGUACACCCCCAGCAGAUACUGAUGCCUUGGCCAUUACGUUGGCAAAGAUUAUUCUUUCAUUUACUUCCUUUCCAAUUUCUGAAACUCAAAUGACUUACCAAAUCAGUUUCUUCUUAUCAGGUGGUCUUUUCAUUUGCUCGAUUUCAAACGUACUAACGACCUUAAAAUCAUUCAAAAAAUUCCUCCCGCAAAUGGGAAAUAACAUGUCCCCUACUACAAUUACCUGGUUGAAACAUAUGAUUAUUUCCGAACUUCUUGGAAUCUACGUCUUGUCUACAGCACUUCUUAUUAGAACGAACUUACCGCAAAAUUUAUCUAUCCAAGUUUCAAAGAUUCUCUCACUUACUGGAUCCAUGAAUUCUGUCAAGUCGGCAAGAAAGGAAGUUGAAUUUAUCGAUUCUUGGUUUGAUAAGGUGUUUGGAAUUACUUGUAUUGUCACUCUCUUGGUUCUUAUUCUUCGUAACUAUCUUGAUGAUGAUCUCGAUGAUGAAUAUGACGAAGAACUGAUGAUAGAUGGUACUCAAUACUCUAAAUUUGCAUAUUAA